AUGUUGCUUCAUGUUUCAACUGCCUAUGUUGCUGGUGAACAAGAGGGCCUAAUACCAGAGAAGCCAUUCUUAAUGGGUGAGACCUUAAGGAUGGGCACACAUCUGGACAUCGAGUCCGAGCAAAAUCUGAUCAAAGAGACCAUGAGAGAACUAAACGCUAAUUGUUCCACAAAGAAGGCUGAGAGGAGAGCCAUGAAAGAUCUUGGUCUGAAGAGGGCACGAAACUUUGGGUGGUCAAACACCUAUGUCUUCACCAAGGCACUGGGGGAGAUGAUGAUCGGGCACCUGCGAGCGGACAUUCCAGUGGUAAUCAUCCGCCCUAGCAUCAUAACCAGUACCCUCAAGGAGCCAUUCCCUGGAUGGACGGAAGGAAUCAAGACAAUCGACACGAUUAUCGUCGGAUAUGCCAAGCAGACCUUGCCAUUCUUCCUAGCUGACCUUGAUUUGAUAAUGGACGUGAUUCCAGGGGACAUGGUGGUGAACGCUAUGAUGGUUUCCAUGUCAGCACACUCGGAGGAUCAGCAAGCGCAUAUCAUCUACCAUGUAACAUCAUCACUGCGCAAUCCCGCACCCUACGCCGUCCUCUCAGAUUCAGGCCAUCGCUACUUCUUCGACAACCCACCAUGCACGGGCAGGAAUGGCGAGUUUGUGCAGCUGAAGAAGAUGCGAUUCUUCAGUACAGUCGAACGAUUAAUAAUGUACAUGACCAUCAAAUACAAGCUUCCUCUCGAGAUGCUUCAUCUAGCAAACAUUCUGCUAUGGGGUGUUUUCUCACGGCACUACAAUGAGGCCCGUAGAAAAUACAGAUUCGUCAUGCAACUGAUCGAGCUCUACGCACCAUACGCCUUGUUCAAAGGGUGCUUUGAUGACAUGAAUUCACAGAAGCUAAGGAUGGCGAUGAACAAGCAUCAAAAUAUCAAUGUAGCCUACUGCUUUGACUUUGACCCCAAGUCCCUCGACUGGGAUGACUAUUUCUACAGUGUUCAUAUCCCCGGUGUGCUUAAAAUUAUGGACGAUUGA